UUUACAGUCAGACAGGAGGACCGGGGACUUGAAGAAAAGCACUUUUCAGGAUUUUCAGAGACUCACAGGCUAUUUUUCCCCGACGACAUCGCACAGAAGACAAACAACAGAUCGAUAAACAUGAAAAAUCCUCUGUACUGGGCUAUGCUGGUCGGGAUGAGCAUCCUGCUGAUGGAGCAAGGGUUGCCAGUCCGCAGCCAAGGGGAUUCUCAAUCCGACAACAAAGUGAUGGACAAUAUCACCGUCCGACAAGGAGAAACGGUCCUUCUCAGGUGUGCACAGGGGGACGUUGUCACACACACAGCAUGGCUAAACCGGUCAAGUAUACUGUAUGCCGGAGAAGACAAAUGGUCGGUGGAUCGCAGAGUGAGUUUGGUGACCCUUAAUCAAGAGGAGUUUACCAUCAAGAUUGAAAACGUGGACAUGACAGAUGAGGGGCAGUAUGUGUGCGCAGUCCAGACAAGCAGUCGACCGAGAACCACCGUGGUGCACAUCCUCGUCCAAGUACCACCAAAAAUCAUCAACUUGUCAAGAGAUAUUGUGGUAAACGAAGGCUCCAAUGUCACCCUGAUGUGCCAAGCCAACGGUAAACCAGAGCCUUCCAUCAGCUGGAAACUCAUCUCCCCUUCAGGGGACCUGGCAUCAGAUGAUGAGUACCUGGAAAUCCCAUCUAUCUCCAGACAGAGAGCAGGGACUUACGAAUGCACAGCUGUCAACGAUAUCGACACAGAUGUCCAGACCAUAGACAUCACCGUCAACUAUGCUCCAACUGUGUCAGAGGGCAGAGAUGUUGGUGUGACCCUGGGCCAAAGAGGAGUGCUGGAGUGUGAGGCUGAUGCAGUGCCUGAGGCAGACUUUGAGUGGUAUAAAGAUGACAGAAGGAUCUUCAAUGGCUUUGAUGGCAUGGAGAUUGUGAAUACUGGAUCACUGUCCAAACUGACAUUUUUUAAUGUGUCUGACGGAGAUUACGGCAACUACACCUGUGUCGCCAUCAACAAACUUGGGAGCUCAAACACAAGCUUCCUUCUGUAUGUGGUAAUCGAGCCCACUAGCUCAACGCUAUUGCAAGGACCGAGAGCAGUUCAGGACGGCAGCGGUGGCGCGAUGGGAGUGCACUCACACAACUGUCUCCUCUUCAUAGUGUUUCUGCCAUUUCUGCUCAGAUUUUGAAGAGGAAUGGAUUUGAACAAGAGUAUCGUGUGUGUGUGUGUGUGUGUGUGUAUGUGUGUGUGUGUGUGUGCGCGUGCGUGUGUGUGUUUUUUUUUCAACUGGAAACAUAAACUGAUGCACAGCAAGUGCAUGAAGUAUCCUGCUAUGUAAUGAUGUUGACCCACUUAAUAAGUACGUAACAAAAGUUUCUGUUGGUUUUUUUUUUUUUUUUUUAGAUUUCAAGGAUGUAACAAAUGUUUCACAUUUAAUUGAAUUUUGUCGGAUAAUUUUCUCUAAAUUAUAUUAUUCUGGAUUGUCUCUUUUUAUGUAUGUUUCAGGAAAAAUGAUUUUUUAAAUGUAGUGUCUAUUAUUCAAAUGGGUUUGUCUUAAUUUUUAACCACAUUUCAUAUUCAUGUCAACUCCAGGAAAAGGCAAAUUUACAGCAAGUAUGUGAGGUGAAUGUUAAAUACCUCAAAGUCAAACUGAGACAGUGAAGUGGAAGGAAUUUAGGCUACCCUGAGGCUGAAAGCCUGGUAUUAUCAUAUUUUAAUGUAUAAUAAUUAUCAUUCAGUCUGGUUGUUGAAAGCAGAAUUGUUUUUGACCUUCAAGUAUUUUUGUUCUCAGCAUUAUAGUGAUGUAUACUUGCAGUUGUGUUAUGCUAAUCUUUUAAUUUUAUUUUUUCAACUCUGUUCAGUUUUAAAUAUUUUUAGAAGGGAAAAUAUGAAGUUGUAAUUAUUUAGGACAAAUAUCCUAAUUUUAUGUCUUUGUUGUGUUUUGUUUUGUUUUUUUUUCCUUUACCAACACACUUGUACACAAAAAUGGUGUCAAGAAUAAUUAUGCUAUAAUGAAGUAGUUUGAACUGGAGAGAGAGUUUCCUCCACUUGUGUGGAGUCAACAUCUUACUUAAGUAAUGCAAAUUUAUUAAUGCUGUUGCUACUUGUUUGAAUCAUGCCAUUUAUACACAACACUUAUUUGAGAAAAUGUCCCUGUUCAUGUUCCAAACCAGCACCGGAAGGGUUAGAGACCACUCAUGUUAACAGAAAAUAAACACUUUUUGCAUGUAUUUAGAUACCAAUAACCCAAAGAGUCACAAACAGCAUACAAAGAGAGUAAACAUGUUGUGUUUUAACAUAGGUAGGGAUAAACUGGGAGAAAAAAAAAAAACCUAAAAUCAUACUGUAGAUACCUUUAAACCAAAAUGUACACGUGUAUGUGGGUCCUGACAGUGAAAUGCUGAUGUAAACAUGACAUUUUCAGCUCUGAUGGAAAGAAAAGAAUUGCAGGAUUAUUGUGCAGUAUGAAAGCCAAUUCCAAAAAUCAAAAUUGAACAGAGGUCUGAGCAAAAAGGCCUCAACUGCUGUUAUCACACGACAUAUACUGUAGCUUGCAUUAUCACAAACAACAGGACAUAUGAGAAAACAAGAUACUCAUAUCUCUGUGUGCUACGCUGGAGAAAGAUCAGUGCAGACGGUACCACUGGCGUUUUGAGCAGCAGCAGCAGCGUUCCCUGAUUUUGUUGUGAGCGUGAGGGUUUUAUGCAACAAUCAGAAACCUCUUAGAACUCGGCAGCAAGAAUUAAAGCCGGUCAUUUAUCUUUUUCAUGUGUCUUUUGUUGGUGAGCAAUUCACACCAACUGCCAGACCGCACUCAGGUUCCCCUCCAGUAGUGGAAAAGAGCUGAGUGACAAUGACUAAAAGUAAGAUUUGGUGUUUGGCUACUGGUUUUCUGAUGCGGAAAGAAUUUUAUUGGAGGACAUCGUGCAUUUCUUGCGAAAUGCAUCAGUUUGUGUCUGUGGACGUACCUCAAACACAACCAUAUAUAUUGACUGUUGGUCUCUAUGAGAGCUGCACUUGACAUCAGUGGCUUGUGUGCAGCACAAAAGCAUUUGUAAGAUUCCAUUAACAAGACAUCAAACAGGAACAGAGAAUUAAAACAAAUUAAUGCGUGUGUAUGUUUUAGUGGUGGGGCAACGAUGCACGUCUUGUGAUUUCACUGCUCCGAUUGAGUGUGUUUCACAUAUGAUUAUUUGUAUAUUAAUGACAGCUCAGACAGAAAAGGAGAAGACUGAGACUGAACAAAUGAUCUCUGCUCUGUUCUCACCCACCUUUUCCUCUCCUAAAAGAAAUUUCAGCUCUGUUUCCAGGCUUGCCUCGGCUCUGGUGAGGUCCUAGUCCAUCAUCCGUGCCUACCUCAAUUUUUCUUUUGAACUCAGCCCCUUUGUGGCUCUUGGGGAUAACAAGGUUUGUGCUCCUUGAUGUGAAGAAAAAGAGCUAAUAUCCAAAUUAAAAAGGCAUGAAACAGAUAGGCCAUUAUUGAAAUUGAUCAGGGUAAUCAUCAGCUGAAUCUGACAGGCCAAUCAAGGUUUGUUUUCACACAAGACAAAAGAGAGAGAGACAGACACUGAAGACUAUUAUUCAUCUCCAGCACAGUGAUGUUUGGAAAUGACACGAUAAUUAUUCCAUCCUGGCUUGAAGGAUGGCUCUACUGAUCUCACGUCUACUUUGCACAGUCAUUUUGCUACAAGAUUAACCACAUUUAAGAUGAACUGAAGUCAGAUCGCCUCCCGAGGAGGUCUGUACUGGGAUCGCUUCAGAAGGGUUUGCGUGAAGUGGUUGCUGUCAAUUUGCACAAACAAUCACAGCCUAAUCGCUUUGAGUUCACUUGAAAGGUUGAGAUGGAGCUGGAUGUGAAAACACCUCGCUUAACAGUUUGCCUGGAGAUACUAAUUAACAAAAACACACACACUAUCUCUUUUUCUCACACGCAAACACACACACCUGCCACAUAGAGGGAAGAAGUUGAGUGUAUAUUUACAUGCCUACGUUUCUUUUGUAGAACAGCCAAGCACACAUUGUAAAAACUGGGUCCUUUAUUUUAUUUUAUUUUUUUACUACCUCUGAGCAAUUUGCCCAAUUAUUUAAUGGCACAGCAUUAUUACCACCUUAAAGUAAUAUUUGAUCUGAUCAUGAAUGUGCAACCGAGGCUCAUUCACAGAAAGCCUUGCUGUACCACACUGCUGCAUUGUCAUUAUUUUUUUCUCCAGGAAUAUCACAGAUUUUUUUACCGACAGCAUAGACACCAGGGUUAUUGCAGUUUAUUGCUUAAUAAUUGUAAUAUUGUUUGUUUUGAUGUCAUAUCAAAUGCAAUACAGUAUAAUUUCUCAAGCCAAGCACACUAUUACUGAGUACAAACCCAUGUUAGCACGUACCUUUACAGCAGAUCUGCACCAAUGAGCAGAACUGCUGUCAAAAUAUAACAUCUCUUGAUGAAAUGAAAACAUGCUGGUUGUAUAGCUGACAACCUAAUAAUCCACCUAAUAAUAGAAAUGCCAUAUGGUCACUAUGGCAGCGAUUCAGAGUUCAGCCUGCACUGAGCAUCUCAGACUUCAACUGUGCACAUUAAUAUUCCGACUUUACAUGAAUCAUUAAGAGGAACCCCGCUAAUUGUCAAACAAUUGCACUGUUUAAUAACUCUGAUGAGAUCUGUGGUCAUCAACAUAAUGUCGAUAAAAACUGUGAAGCACCGAGUUGAAGACGCAGCAUUGAGAGAAAGAGCAAUCCAAUCUGAGAUCUGAAGAGUUAUUCUGCCGUUUCAGUGAGGGUGGAAAACAGUCAGCGGCUGUCAGAUCACUGCUGGAAAUCCCACUAGAUCACAUUUCUUAAAGUUUCGGCCUUGGUCUGAGCCAUGUGCGGCUUAAAGAAAAGAAUCAUUUUCAUUUCCGUGUUUUCAAAUCCCUGUUGUUUCAAACAUGUGAAAAGAGAAGGCAUGUGAAGAAAACCUGUACAGACUUCUUCUUUAAAGGCUUAAUUUGGAUUGUUUUCUGACCUGAGGCCUUUUGUAUUACUCAGCACCAGUGUUAUCGAUGCAUUAUGAGCACUGGUAGCCUCAAGGUUAAACAAGCUGGCUUGCAGAGCAGUUAAAUAAACACAAUCACAUUACAUUUAGUAUGAUAGUGUGAUGUUUUGUGUUGCACAGCACAGCUAUUUGCCAUGUUAUGGCUCAUUUAAUUGAGAAAACUCUAAUAAGUUCUCAGUUGGGCCUCAUAUUGUCCUGUUGUUAACUGGACCCAUAUCCUCCAUUGUAAAAGAGGAUGUAAGUCUCACACAGUGUGAUGAUUACAGCUUUUUGCUAAAUACAGUAACAGCCUGUUUAUGCAAGCAGUCUCAUCAGGAGUUAAAUAAAGUUAAAAAGUGAACAUUGAUUGUUUCUCCCCAUGCUGUAUAUACUCCCCACAGCUGCAUAUAACAUGCAUCACCGUCAGGCAAACUGAACACAGCAGGUGAUGACAUACUAUUUCAAUGGGAAAUAAGCCACUUCAGUAAUUGAAAGUAAUUCAUCAUCUCUCAGAGGAGCAGUAGGCCAUUGUACUGCAGUUAUUUUCUGCAUGGCAUUAACGAAGUCAGCCUCUGCGCUGUCAUAUUAGUGCAAAUGCAAAUGUUCCAAACUCCCACCAAGCAUGACUUUUAAAAAGGUUGUGCAAGACACACUGUAAGUCCCAUUCAAGCCAAACUUAUAAUGAUAAAACCUAGCAACCCAGGGAGAGGAUCUUGGAAAUACACUAGUAAAAUAUUUCUCAUCCACUCCCAAAGUUCAGCUUGGAAACUGCACCGAGCAGGCCUGAAUACAACUUUUCCUGGUUCUGUCUGACUUCAGUCAGCCAAUUCUGAAUCACAGCCCAUGAAGGCUUAUAUUUUGGCAGUAGCGCUGCAUAUUUAUGUUGAUAUGACCAAUUCCAUUGUCUGUUUGAAGACUGCAAAGUGAUUGCAGGACUCAUUCUAUCUCUCAGCCCGAGCAAACACACAGCACAUGUUGGAACAUGGGCUGAGUUGGAAAAAAAAAUAAAAAGAAGCUAUGGGUAUGUUUCUUUUCUUUGUCUCCAUAUGUGCAAGGCAAGAGAACAGUCUUUAAAGAAGAUUUAAGACAAAUGACUGAGCUUGCAUUGCACCUACCAGGUAGUUCUAUUCAUUUUAGGUGUUUUGUGACAUUUGUGUGAUUUGCAUUGGAGUCUGGAAGAGAUCAUUUUUUGAAUGUGAACUUUGGUUAGACAUGAAAUAUCAAACCUUUGUCUCGGCUGCCAGGAGAUUAUCAUAGCAGACGCAUGAAGUAGUCUCAUGAUCUACUGCGAUUUAUUUUGGAUGAUUCACAUAAAAUUCUGCCCUUUGCCUGGCUACAAGUUCACAGGGCUCUCUUCAGAUUGGAAAUGUUCCCAAAUGGAGGGGAACAUCAUGCUAUUUUACUCCCUGCAUUGUAAAGGAUUGUUGGUUCAUAUGUAUUUUCUUGAUGAAAAGUGUGUGCUCAUAUUUAAGACUGACAAUAAUAAAAUGUUGUAUCUUAAAA